GAGUUAUCGUGCACCUGGCAACCGCAGAGCCAGAAGCAGCGAGAGUCUGGGGCGCCGUUACUGCUAACCGAAGCUGGCUGUCCCGUCCCGCCUUACGCCCGUUUAACCCCCUCGCUUCUAAACUCAACCGAAUGGGGUGCGGAAAGCCUGUCGGUUCGCUGCAGUGAUCGCGUGCGUUGAGUGUCCAGCGUGAAUCCAGUGUCCGAAGGGUCAAUCCGCCUCACUGCGGUGCAGCCGCUGCCGGAGUCAAACAGAUCCACAAUGGCGACUCCCAGUCCCAGCACCAAUUCACCAGCCAGCGCUGCGGGAUCCGCCUUACACACGCAACACUUAACGACAAUGAGCAACAUGCAGGAUUCCAGCACAUGCUGGAGGUGUCAGAAUGAAACGGGGUUUCAGAUCAAUCUGUCUGGAGUAACCCAAAGCAAACGCAAAGCUCUUAAGUUAAACUUUGCGAAUCCGCCAGUCAAACCGACCGCACGGCUCCCCAUCACGACAGCUAACCCUCCUCCUCCGUUCCAGAAUCCACACAUAGAGCGGCUGCGGACGCACAGCAUCGAGUCCUCAGGGAAGCUGAAGAUUUCUCCAGAGCAACAUUGUGACUUCACAGCCGAGGACCUCAAGGACCUGGGGGAGAUCGGGAGAGGAGCGUACGGAUCAGUCAACAAGAUGGUGCACAAACCCAGCGGACAGAUCAUGGCUGUCAAGCGGAUUCGCUCCACGGUGGAUGAGAAGGAGCAGAAACAGCUUCUGAUGGAUUUAGAUGUAGUGAUGAGGAGCAGCGACUGCCCGUAUAUCGUCCAGUUCUACGGAGCCCUGUUCAGAGAGGGCGACUGCUGGAUAUGUAUGGAACUAAUGUCUACCUCCCUCGACAAAUUCUACAAAUAUGUAUAUUGUGCAUUAGAUGAUGUGAUUCCAGAGGAAAUAUUAGGCAAAAUUACAUUAGCUACUGUGAAAGCACUGAAUCACUUGAAAGAAAACUUGAAAAUAAUCCACAGAGACAUCAAACCCUCCAACAUUCUCCUGGAUAGAAACGGCAACAUUAAGCUGUGUGAUUUUGGCAUCAGCGGGCAGCUGGUCGACUCCAUCGCCAAGACCAGAGAUGCCGGCUGUAGACCGUACAUGGCUCCUGAACGGAUCGACCCCAGCGCCUCCAGACAGGGUUACGACGUCCGCUCGGAUGUGUGGAGUUUGGGAAUCACGCUGUACGAGCUGGCGACGGGACGCUUCCCGUACCCCAAGUGGAACAGCGUGUUUGAUCAGCUGACGCAGGUGGUGAAGGGAGACCCGCCGCAGCUCAGCAACUCCGAGGAGAGACAGUUUUCACCCAAAUUCAUCCAGUUUGUCAAUCUAUGCCUUACAAAGGACGAGUCAAAAAGGCCAAAGUACAGAGAACUGCUGAAGCAUCCGUUCAUCCUGAUGUACGAGGAGCGGAUCGUGGACGUGGCCAGUUACGUGUGCAGGAUUCUGGAUCAAAUGCCGGCGUCUCCCGGCUCGCCCAUGUAUGUCGACUGAUGGUGAGCGGCCUGUUGGGAACACAAGACGGUCCGGCCACCAUUUGGUGUACAUACAGCGCCUCGCACGAAACAUCCGGCCCUUCACCAGCUCUCAUUUCACCGCAUUUACCGCAAGCUCAUCCUACCCUCAACGUUUGCCGCUUCGCACCGAGUGCCACAUUAAAAAACGCUCGUGUCGCUUUUUGCGCCGCGACGCGGCUUCGCUUCCGCACGCAGCCGGAGGACAAACGUUGGGGGUAGGAUUUGCCCCCGGUUGUGAAAUGCAAGUCCUGGUUAAGGGUCUGAGCAUAUUUCUGCCAGUCAUCGUAAACGUACCUUCACUUCAGCGUGAUAGCGUUCGAAGAGAAACGCCAAAAAAAACAUCUUGUGCAAUAAGAUUCGGCUCUCAUUUAAAAGCCAUCUGCAUCACGGUCCGUAACCAAGCUUCGGAUUUAGCGAAACAACCUUCUGAGUUCAUCGCGUCACGCUACAUUCGUAUGUAUGUGUAUAUGUGUGUGUGUGUGUGUGUGUGUGUGGGGAGAAUCAUCCGGAAAUAUAAGCAAGACAUAUUGUCUCGCUCAUUCAAGACAAAGACCAUCGGUUAAGUUGAUGUGCUUACCAAAAUGAACCGUAAGGGGAGGCUGGUGUUUUUCUUCACAAGUGUACAGACACGUCGCGUCACUCUCUCUUUAUUUAACGAAACGGUAUGCAAAGGUGUUGUUCUGCAUCAAUGACGUGUGUUAAAGUAGCUUUACUCGCUCGGUAUGCAAUAUAAUGUCACGGUGAUCCAAAUGGUUUUCACUUUAUCAAAGAGAAUCCGGUGUCUGGUGUCUGAACGCAGGCGCUGCUCGUCACUGUAAAUGUGUAUUUAUACAGACUCCGCGUCGUCAGAUUUCCCACGAGCUCACGUUUAGCAUGUUUAUAGAGGAUCUGGCACGAGGUUUGGGGUUGGUGAGUGUGGGAUUCGGCUGAUAACCCGUUCGUAGGUCACUUAUUUCAAAAGCAGGUUUCACGUUUUGAGGAUGGAAACUGAUGUCCGUUACCGUCGAAGAAAUCGACUUUGUAGUUUCCGAAAGAGUUUAAAUAAUAGCGGCGCAUCGCCAGUGUGGGCUGAAAUCAGUUUUAGGGACGACGCGCGUUGCGUCAAGAGAGGAAACUAUGUACAGAAAGAAAAAAAAAAAUCACUGUGAAAAUAUUUUACGUGUACGGUGAGAAAACUGUAAAAAAUUGCAAAAGGAUAAUGUGCAGGGAUACAGCGUACUAUGUGUUCAGGUUUGGGUGUAUAUUAACCUCUGACAGCUUUUUUUUUUUGUCUUGUACACGUCACGGUUAACAAGGACGUCGGCUGGCGGUAUGAAUAUGAUGAGCGUGUUUGCCUGCGGGUCAGCGGUUCAUCGACAUUAUGCUCUUGUUAGAUCUGAACACACCAUGGGCUCAAUGCUAGAAUAAAACCAAUACUCAGCCAUU